UCCCUCUGCGGUCGAGACCGUUAUUGAAGCUUUUUUUUUCAGACGGGACGGAAAAAAGAGGCAAAUGUAGACUUAGAAAGGAUAUCUUUUUCGAUAAUAUGAGGGUACCUGCUGAAUUCUACUUUACAUGGAAAGCAACAUGAUACAAUGUCUUUGAAUGUGACGCUACUUCUCCAGGACAGACAGUUUCUUCACAAGGAGAGUGCUGCUUGGAGAAAAUUCACCGCUAAAAAUGACAUGAUAUCAUUCUUUAAAGAUGUUCUUCAUGCAUAGAAUGACUAUAAAUUUUUCUCAAGCACAUUUUGGUUUGGACAAGUGCAAUAUAUUCAGACAUUGAAUUUUGGGGAUCAUAGACGAAAGUGUUAACAUCAUGGCCGAAGGAUUCUGUCAGGCGUUGCUGCGUGUAUCCAUGGCCCAAAUAUGCCAGGAGCUCGGAUGGCAUUCCAUACAUUCAACACCGUGUGACCUCUUGACAGAUGUCUUGCAGAGAUACAUUCAACAACUUGCUUCAGUCUCCCACUGCUAUGCAGAGCAAUAUGGAAGGACGGAGCCCAAUGUGGAUGACCUUGGCUUGACCUUCAAUGAUAUGGGAGUCAGUCUGUAUGAGUUGGAGAACUACAUCAGGGAUGUGGACCCCAUCCCAUUCAAGCACGACAUCCCCCAGUUUCCUCUGCGCAGGAAAAAUGAUCUCCAACACCCGAAGCCUGGGAGCAGGGACGACAGGGAGAGGCUCCAGUACAUUCCUGCACAUCUACCGCCCAUCAUUGGGUUGUCUGACGACUUUGGAGCACCUAUCGGUCAUCAUAGGGAUAGUAUUUCAUCUGUACCAGGAACACCGAUGGACACUGACAAUCCAGACUCUAGGCUAAUCUCCCCUAUGGGAGGCAGUCACACAUCUCCAAGGGGUGAGAAACGUGAAACCGCCAGUCCUCUCUUCAGCGAUCAGGCCAUGAAGAGACUCCGUCUGGAUGGAGACGGAACCCCACAGGAACUGACUGCAGUGUCCAUCGGCAUCGGAGGAGAACUGACUCCAAAGAGAGAAGGCAAGCUUCCUAUUGCAACCACACCACCCCAGCGAGUGCUGAAAGCUGCCUUGGCAGGGGAUGGAACUCCUAUGAGAGCCAACAAGGCUAUAACAGAUGGACUCCUCAAUCGUUCAGAAGAAACCAUUGUCGACAGAUUGCAACAAAAAACUCCCAAAGUGGUCAAGAAAAACACGUCUGAGCCAAAGUCUCCAAAAUCGGCAAAGCCGGUGGUUACGCCAAAGCAGAAAGCUCAAACAAAGUCCCCUAUCCAUAUGAUGUUCUCUCCAUCAUCGAAGUACCCCAUGGUUAAAUCCAAGACAUCGGGCACACCAGGAGCUGGUGAUAAAGCUGGAGAAUUCCAGUUUCCUCCACCAAAGAGUCCAAAGGUGUCGGUAAACAAGAAGCAACAGGAGAAGCUUCAAGAAUCUGCAAAGAAAGAGAAGACUGUGCCAUCUGUGUAUGACUUUGAUGAUGAUGAGUUUGACAGUACACCAUCUAAGGACCCGACACUCUCUCCGUCUGAUGCAAAAGGAUUCAUCAAAGAUCCAUUGUCACUUGAUGCAGAUCUGGAACAAUCAAAGAACGAAAGCUCAGACAGUACCAAAGGAAAAGAUUUGAAAAAGUCCAAGCAAGAAAGAGAUAGGAGUUUAUCACCUCUCAAUGAUAAUGUCCUCAAAUCUAAAAAAGUUGACAAGGACAAGAAAAAGUUAGGAAGUAAGGACAAGUCAAAGAUAAAACAGAAACCGAAGAACAAGAAGGGUAAGGAUGACGUCCCAAGCUACUAUGAUUCUGUUGGAUCGAUGGACAAGAAGCACACUACACCUAAGGCAGUUAAGAGGAAAAACUCAUCAUCCGAUGGGAAAACACCAAAAUUGGUCAUCAACAUGGGUGGGAAAAACUCUGGAGAUGAUGAGAUGAGAGUCAUCAAAAAGAAAUUCAAGAAAGUUAAAGAAAAGGACAAACAGAAACAGCUGAAGGUGAAAAAGCUGAAGCAAAAGAGCAUCGAUAUCAAGAUAAAAUCAAAAGCAUCAAAACAAGGCAUCACGCCCAGCUCCUCUAAACCACAAGAAGACUCGAGUCCAGAGAAACGUGUACCUAUCGGAAAAUUGAGUCUCAUCAGGGGCACUGGCUCGAAACUUAAAUUCAAGAUUGCUGUUCCGCCACCAGAGAAGGAAGAUGUUGACAAUGAAAAGGCAAGGAAAGCAGAAAAGCCAAAGACUACAAGCAAGGAGAAACCUAAAGUGAAAAGACUGAAGACCAGCUCAAGCGAUGUAGAAUCUUCAGACAAAGAUAAAAAGACAUCCAAGGAUAAGAAAAAAACACCAGUAUCUAAGGACAAGAAGAAAGAAUCAGUUAAAAAGGACAAAGAAGAAGCAAUGUCUACUCCUACCGUCCCAAAGAUUACCUUCAAGUUGGGUUCCACACCAGCCGGAGGGGAUGCCCUCAAAUUUGUCAUCAAGACUUCAUCUGAACCUCCAUCAAGUCCUUCAACACCAACGGUCCCCAAACUGUCUAUCGCCGUACCUAGCAAGAAGAGCAAAGACUCGUCCAAGUCCUCCAAAUCAGUCUCUUCACCUAAGACAGAGCCAAAGUCCAAAGGGGAGAGUAAGACUAAGGCAGAGUCCAAACCCAAGGCAGAGACCAAGAAGGCGAAGAAUGAGCCAAAGCCGAAAACUGAGACCAAAUCAUCCAAGACAUCAAAGAAGAAAGAGAAGGACAUUGAAAGGGAGAUGGAGAGGGAGAAUGAGAAGGAGGUGAAGGAGAAAGAGAAGGAGGUGAAGGAGAAAGAGAAGAAGGAGAAAGAGAAGAAGGAGAAAGAGAAGAAGGAGAAAGAGAAGAAGGAGAAAGAGAAGAAGGAGAAAGAGAAGAAGGAGAAAGAGAAGAAGGUGAAAGAGAAGCCCAUAAAGCUCAAAGUAGAUACCAAACCUAAAGCAGAGGUAUCUCCGUAUGACUUUGAUGCUCCAUCGCCAACACCCUCCAUCAAGGCGAAGAAGGAGUCAUCCACUCCAGCGCGGAAAGAGCCAUCCACUCCUGCAAGGAAGGAACCCUCCACUCCAGCUAGGAAGGAGCCGUCCACCCCAGCCAGGAAGGAGCCAGUUCCAGGCAUCUUUGCCCCUUCUGUGCCUUCUCCGCCUCCAAGCAAGUCAUCAAGCCCUGCCACUCCGAGAACUUCAACCAAGGCUGCAGCCCCAAGUUCACCAGCUCCAUCAAAAUCAAAACAAAAGGCAAGUACUCCAGCUCCGACCCCACCUCCCACCAAGGCAGCUCUCAAGGCCCUGCCUCCAUCAGCCACCAAGGCUUCCAAGGCCGCCAAGCAGAAGGAAAAAGACAAGGAGAAAGAGAAGGCCAGUCAGAAGCAGAAGGCAGCUCCACCUCCCCCGCCAGAGCCUGAGCCAGAGCCUCCCAAACCACAGGCCGAUGGACCUUGUAUACUCAUCGCUGAAACAGCAGGAACUGUUGUUAAUGAAGAUGGUGAGAAGAUUUGGUAUUGUCCAGCGUGCAAGAAGGCGGAUGAUGGUGUUCUUCCUAUGGUUGGCUGUGAUUCAUGUGAUGAUUGGUACCACUGGGAAUGUGUUGGGCUGACAGAGGAACCGUGUGUGAGCGAAUGGUUUUGCAAACGAUGUCAGAAUAAAUCCAAGGGCAGGAAGAAGAAGGGCAGGAAAAAUUAGCUGCUGCGUCGAUUGUAAAUCUGUUGGUGAAAAUUGGUGAGGAAAGGUGUAUGUCCGGUUCAAUUGCCACUUGGUCUACACCCAGUUGGUCUCCUCCCACAUGGUCUAAUCCUAGUUCAUCAAUGACCAUUCUGCUAAACAUCUGUUCUAAUUGCCAUUUAGACCAUGUACCAUUAUGUCUAAUUUCCAGUGAGGUUAUACCUAUUUCAUCUAAUAUCCACCUCUAAUACCAUUUAGUCUGUAAGUCAGGCAUCUCCAGUGAAAGAUUUGUGCCAUAUUUGGCUGUCUCUAAUUGCACCACAGAUCUGGACCAUGGUUUGAAUUAAUUGAUAACUAAUUCGCAAAAUGUCUCUUGAAUAUAGCCAAACCUUUUCUGAUGACCGUAAGUAUUAUACAACAAAGGUCUGAUUCAGCUUGUAGCUUUGCAAGUGAGAACUUUUCAAAAACAGAUCAAAGUUUAUGAUUAUGGGGGGGGGGAAUGAUUUCUUAUGAACCUUGUCACUGAUCGAGGGACCACUUGUUGAUAAAGACCAUGUUUUGUGAAGACCUCAAUAUUUUUACAUUUGAUAUUGUAUCUCACAGAAAAAAUAUACUUUAGGGACCUUUUCACAGUAACUUUCUGCCGAAUAUAGAGACCAGGGGCCCGUAACACAAAGAUUAGCAAUUGAUCGUAGAACAUUUUUCUACGAUUGAUUCCAUUGACUACAAUGUACAAUCAAUCGUAGAAAUCAAGUGUACGAUCAAUUGCUAACCUUUGUGUUACGGGACCCAGUUUUCACUUCUCCCUUUCACAAGUUUCACUAUAUGUAUUCAAGAUGAUCCCUUUCAUUUUAUUGACCUUUGUAAUAUCUGAAUAAAUUUCAGUAUCUGAUGGAAAUUCUGGAUUCAUAUGUAAGAAUAGAAUAGACAUAGAUUGUGGAGAUGCCUGACCAUGUGAAAUCAUACUGAUUCAGAAUUGGUAUAUAAUCACUACUUUGUAUAUAUAUACAAAUUGGAGAGGUAACCUAAAAAGUACGAGCUAACUAUUAGUCUAGUAAAAAUGCUGUUGACUCCAUAUUUUCUCUGUAAACUAGGCGAACAUUGACAAGAUUUCACUUAUUACAGUUGUGUAAGAGAGAUGUCUACUACUGUAUCAAAUAUGAAAGUCUUGAUGUGCUUAUUCCUUUCAGUCUGUAUGAUGUUGUGUAACGUGAAUAUGUGAUUCAAAGAAUGUACAGAACACAAUGCUAAUCAUUAUGGUAUGAUGCUCAUUGCUUGUAUGGAUGGAGUCUUGAAACUUUCAAGCUUUGGAGCCAAUAAAAUAUAAGAACAAAAUCAUGGUUCCACGAACAUCGAUUGAAGGGAAUUAGGGAACUAUUUGACCCUGACUAAAGCAUUGCUGCUUGAAGUGUUCCGGUGCCACUGUUACCUCACUAAAUCUAAUUUUUUAAAAAGAAACUACCUGUAUCAUAGUCUACAUGUAUUUUCCUAAUGUCGGAUAAUUCUUGCCAAUUUCAGGAAUUUUCUGUCUCCAUUUCAUAAUAUUUCAUUUAAAAAGUUAGAAGCAUUGGAGAUUAGUCUGGGGAUUCUGAACAGUAUCAAGUGAGGAGAUUGUUUGAAUGGAUGUACAUCUUUGGGAGCCACAUGUUAAAGCUGCCAAAUCUGUAGUCCUUUGUCGUAUGUUUCAUGCUUAUCUUGUUGUCAAUUCUCCAAAAUUAUACUUUGGAGAACUGUUUUUUCAUUGAAAUAAUUACUACAUGUAAACAAUGUUGGGAAUAUGGAUUCCUCCUUAUCGGCAAUGCUACAUGUAUAUUAUUAAUAUCACAACAUUUGAAUUGAGCUCAUUUUGAUGCCAUGCAAUUGAAAAGGAACUAGAUGCAAAGUAGUCAAAUUUACUUAUUUUUGUACCAUUUGAUAUGACUGUGAAUGCAUUCUCAAAAAAUAAUCAUGAACAUACAAGCAUUACUUAUUUGACCUGCUGUUUUAUCAAUUGACCUCAAUGAAAUAAACCAGUUUGUAAUUACCGUAUUCAUGAGCACUGAUAAAGUAUGCAUGGCCACAUCACUGUAAUGUCUUUUGUAUUGAGCACUAAAUAAAGGUUUAAUUUUAUUAUUAAUGAUAAUAUAGAGUGUUUCUAAAGCACCAAAUCCACUUUGAUUAUGUGCUCAGGGUGCUGAGAAAGGGAAAUAAGAAUUUUUUUUAAUUACAAAUUCUCUGAAGGAAAUAAAGCUUUUGGGGUGUCUUUUGAUUAAAAAUUUCUAAAAACCAUUCUAUGAAAUAUACUAGAAUUCACUUUUUAGAGUAUGCAUUUAUAAUAAGUGAUGACUUUAUCUCAUUACAAUUCAAUUAAAAAAAUAUCAAUGAAGCAAUUUAGAGAAGGAAUAAAAUGAAGAAGAGAUUUUGUUUGAAUGCUCCAAUUUACACUGUUAAUGUUAACAGGGAAUUCAUUUUUUUUUAUACCUUUUUAUUUGAAAGAAGAUUAUAUUUCUCAUCAUUUUGCUUCAGAUUAGGACUCCUGUUCAGGUACUUAAUAUUGCAUUUAUAUUGACAGUCAGUAUCAAUGUUGGAAUGUCCUGAUAUUGAAAAAUUAGCAUCUUGGGACUUUGCAAUAAUAGGAUGUAUCACCUCUUAGCUGAAUGUACAGAAUAGGGAAUAAUUUGACAAAUAUUACAGUAAAUUGCUGAGCAGAGCCACAAAACCGAGAUGCUAUCUCAAUACACCAACCCAAAUCAUCAUAGUCUAAGGGGGUGUUGCAAGAAAAUAUUUGCAAUCAAUUGCAAAUAUUCUGUUGCAAUUUUACAAUUAAUUGAUCACUUUUAGCUAUAGCAAAUCAGAUUACACUCCUUGUUUCAUGGAGCAGAUUAGCAAUCAAUCGAAAAUUUGCAAUUCAUUGCACGGCAUAUUCUUGAUCUCUGGAACAAAAAUAGACUUGCAAUUGAUCGCAAGUUUCUUGCAACGCCCCAUAAGAGAGAGUUGUAAAGGUGCCAAUUACUUGCAAUCAUUAUUUGCUUGUGAUGAUGAGAUACUUAAAUAUGCAAUAUAUCUUGUACCAGCCUAAAUGGAGCAUCUUUGAAAACAGGGAUCUGAUGAUGAUGUCCCAUAAAUGGUGUAGUAAACGCUAUCGCCCGUAUUCUAAAGUCCAUUUUAGCCUGUUGUCUUACUCUGGUCUUACUCUGUGCUAAAGUUAUGGGAAGCUGAAAAUUGUAUAAAAAUGUACAUGCUUUGUUUCUUAUGUUUUCUUUGCUCUUUCCUUGUGCUUUAAUGUUGAACAGAACACUUUUCAUCAUUAUUCCCAGACAGUUAUUGAUGAUUUUGUUGUCAGAUUAGCUGAUAAAUUGAAUAUAAUAUGUUAUACAUUUGUGUCACGAUUGGCUACCCAUAGUUAAACCUGAACUCUAAACCUGGUCAGUGGUGCCAGUUUUCUUCAUAAGCUUACAACUCUGGUAGCUUUGCCAUUCUGCCAAUUACCAUGGUCACUGGGCUAAGCAGCCAAUCACAAUCAAGGUUGCCCAUGGUAGUGGAUGCGUCAUGGUCUAGUGGUUCUGACUCUCGCCUUUCAAACAGAGGGUCGUGGGUUCGAAUCCUAGCCGUGGCAUGUUUUCCUUCAGCAAGAAUUUUAUCCACACUGUGCUGCACUCGACCAAGGUGAGGUAAAUGGGUACCGGCAAGAAGUAAUUCCUCAAAAGCUGUGCGCACCAGAAUCGGUAGACUAGCUUAGCCGGGGUAAUAUAGGAGCGCCUUGAGCACCUAGCAAGGUGGAUACGUGCACUAUACAAAUCGUAUAUUAUUAUUAUUAUUAGUUGCAAUUAUGGCAAAGUUACAAUAGUUUUAAGUUGUUAUGAAACAGGCCCCAAACCGAAGUUCAGAAUACAGGCUGAUAAGACAACCUUCCAUGUGUUGAUAGUUGCCUAGAUGACACUUUAAAGCAAAUUUUAGACUAGACCAUAUGAAACAUUUUUUUUUCUUGCAGGUUGAGUUUGUACCAACUGAAAUAAAGAUUUCUCUGGUCGAAGAGAUUACAGACUAAGGGUUAUACCUUGGUCACAUUUGCUCUACGGCGAGUUGAAAACAGCCAUUUUAACAUUUAUUGUACCAGCUGCAUAUAGGUGGUUUGAAUUAAAAUUAAUAAAAUGGCUGUUUUUGACUCGCCGUACGGCCGCCGUAGAGCAAAUGUGACCAAGGUAUUAAGGUUACAUUUUUUAUUUGGUAUUAGUUCAGAAUAAUGGAGGACAAUUAUUAGGUUUAGGGUAAGAUUUAAGGUUGAGUUUCUUUGGGCUCAAUGUGCAGGUUUUGUCACGAAGUCUAAAUUUAGUUUUCGUCUCGCCUGCAUGGCAGAAGCGAGACAUAGGUGCCGCUUUCUGGAUGUUGGCAUCAUAACUCAGAAAGUAUAUGGAUCAAUUUCAUGACAUAGUUUCAAUCAAGUAUCACCGAUCAUCUUGCAUGAGUUUCAGUACACAUGAAAGGUCACUUAAGGGCAAUAAACUUUGACUAUAUUGUAGUAUCAAGAUCAAAAACUUUACCAAGGUUAUGAUUUUAAAUUUUCAAGAUGACAUUUAAAAGUAUAAGUCCCUAUUACAGGUCACAAGGCAAAGCUCGAAGGUCAUUUGGAGGUCAAUAAACUUAUCCACUACGAAAAAGUUAAGAUUUUCAUUUCAGAUCAAUUAAUGUUGAUAAGAAUUGAUAUUUUGUUCAUUAUUUUGUUUAUAUACUUCAUCAAAUUAAAUAAGCUUGUUUGAAAUUGUUAUUUCAUAUCACAAAUUAUAUCAAAUGAAUAACAAAGAUUCUAAAUCAAGGUCAGAGGUCAUUUGGGGUCAACAAACUUUGUAUCUUAUUAUCAAAUAAUUUUUUUUAUUCAUCUUUGCUCUUUUCAAAGUCAUCAUAGCUGCUAUAAUCAGUUGCAUAAAGCAGGUGAGACUGCCAGAUGAGUUUCACUUAUUAGACAUAGGCAUUAAACACUUUUUUUCAAGGGGAAUCCAACCCAGAUAAAAACUUGGUUUUAGACAAAAAGAAAAAUCAGACAAGUUGAUUGGUGAAUGUUUGAACAAUAUCAGACAAGUAAUAAGAAAGUUAUGAUUUUUUUUAAGUUGUAAAUAUUGGUUAUCACUAUACCCAUUGAGACUUCAAAUAGGCCACAUAUGUUAUGUCAUAGUGAUAAAAGGCGAGGACUGCUCUCCCAUGUACUCCAAUACAUGGAAUGUCUAAAAAUGUUAUUCCAAAAGUUUUACUUCAAAUUAUAUUUUUCUUUCAUGAGAACAGAAAACAAUAUAGGCCUACUACCUGGGUUAUAUUUAGAUUAUUGCCCAAUGGGAAUGGGUACUUCUGGAGAAACCCACAAAUCCCUGAUAAUUAAGUACAUGGCCUAUUUUAUCUAUUUUUCUCAUUUCCAACACAACAUUUAUUACCAAGACUGGAUUCCCCUUUAGAUACUACACAAGAUUCCAUGACCUGUCAUGUCCUCUGUGUUGUGUCAGUGAAUGUUGAUCACUCACACAAUACAUAUUAUUUUCCUUGUAACAAAAAAAAAGAUUGUGCAUUAUAAAGAGAAAGUAAAAAUGCUGUUACCUCAUCCCCUUUUCUGUAUCAAAUUUUAUUGGAAGCAAAUGAUUGUGCUUUUGAUUUUUAUUUAGAUUUUUAAAAUGCAUGUGUUCUAAAUGUGAUGUAUAUUUGUAAAUAACUAUUCAUUAUGCACAAAUGGAAUGAAUGAAAUAAACUAGGAAGAGAAA